CGAACGAGCACUCCAGUCGGCAGCCCUGCCCGCAGCGGCUCGACUGCCCGGUUGAGUACCGCGUACUCGCCCCUUCGACGUCAGCUCAAGCACCGCUUCCCCCAGGGAUCUCCCAUCAGGUCCCCGUUCGCAUCCCCGAUAAGCGGCUCUCCUGCGGCGGGUUUCGUGUCGCCGCAGCCGACGAAGGCGACGCGGGGGCUGAAGAUCACGGCGUACGCGUCCCCCGAGUCGAGCAAGGUAACCAAGUCCGUGAGCAGUGCGAGCGCGGGGUUCGCCUCGCCUUCCGUUGCAAAGGUGACUCGGGGCGCGACGUCAACGACGACGUCGUACUCGUCCCCCGUGACGACCAAGACGACGACUUCGUACUCGUCGUCGCCCAUGAGGACGCAGUCGACUACCGCCAUCGCUGGCUCGACCACGACCCGCAAGAUCGCGAUUGAGGGAGACUUCACGGUCAUCACGACUGAGAUCACGUCGCCCCGCGGCACCAAGCGAGUGUCCACGACGCGUCAGCUGACCAGCAAGAGCGGCUCCAGUACGACCGCCGCCUAAUCAAGCGUCGCGAGAAUGCAUUUUUCCUAGCUGAGAAGAACGGACAAGAGUACCGUGCAUUUCAAAACAUACUACUACAUAUAUUACAUUUCAUUUCAAGCGUGAGUUCUCCUACUGCAAUGCUGGGCACGAGUAAAGUGCUGUGAGUAUGGCCUCCAGUUUUAGGAAAUGAAAUUUAUGGCGCCUCGGGUAGUACACUGCAUUGCGCUCCAUUGUCUGCUGAGAGACGAGAAGAUUGCCUUCAACACCAUACAGACUGGUACAGCAGAAGCCACAAGGAACUUGCGAGAAACGUACCCACCUCCCCACGAAAGCAACGAAGUAGAGCGUUCUACCAGCUCAACUGCAUCCGAUUCGUGUGAAGCCGCGAGCAUAUCGACUUGGGCAAUGCAGAGUUUUAUCAAGAAAUAAACUGGCCAAUCACAAGCGCCCCGGACUUCUUGGGCUCACCACUGAAGCUUUUGUGGCAGAUAUGGGCAACUGUGACACCAGCGCUACUCUGGAGGCUUCGCAAUGACGCAGUCUUUAAGGAUAAAGUAACCAACGAAAGAGAGAUCAGGGCGGCCAUGAAGACAGCAGGAGCCUGCCUACCAGGCGCGAGCGAUUGCUAGUGCGUGGAACCAACAACCGGCAAAGCGAAUUCAAGGCUUCUGUCUUGAAAUUUGUAACAGCCUCAUGAUGACGCUGAACGAAGACGAUGAUGCUCCAAACCUAGAUGUCUGGAACAUCCACUUCGGCCCGCACACCACUAAGGACAAAUUGACCACGCGAGGGUGGGUCCUCUAUCACCACACGGCUGCACAACAGUGGAUUCCUCAGAAAAGCAGGAAGUCUCUACACUGUACUUGGGACCAGCAAAUACACCGACGACGGACGCCGCAGUACGAACGCUGAACCAAGGGGUGACAGAUCUCAGUGCGAUGACCACCCCGGGGCUCGACGUAUCUCCGCAUCGAUAGUCUGGACAAGAAACUACAAGGGCAGCUCGAGCAACUCAAGCCUAACUAACAAUCAAGCAACGGGCUCAGCAGCCGCGCUCGCCAAGGACUUGGACGCAAUUUUCUCAGCGCAGUGGGGUACGUAUACCUGCUGGAACUACGCUCCGAGCGGCUAAGCUCAUGGCAAAAGCAAGCAUCUACGAUACCCACAGGAGCUUUGAAUCAAAGCCUUUGAUCCCCAACUCUGUGACAAGGAAAACGAGUGCAGACUCCAUACCCCAGAUUGGACUGUGCACAGUCAGUAGAUGCAGCCCAGACUGAACUGUGCCAGUAGUAGCAGCCGUUGUCGCGGAAACUUGGCGCCAGAAAAGGGGCGGGCGUUUUGAAUUCAAAACUUCGGCAUCUCAUCUCACAGACUGGGAUCAUGGCCGAGCGUGGAGACGCCGCCGCCGCCGCUGGCCCGGCGGGGCUGCGCUCGCAGCAGCAGCAGGCCGAGCGCAUGGCCCGCGAGCUGAUGGACAUGAAGAUCGAGACGGCGCACCUGCGCGAGCGCCUGCGGCUGCGCGUGGGCGGCGACACGACGGCGGCGGAGCUGGAGGCCGAGGCCUUCGCGCUGCAGACGGCGCUGGCCGAGGCGCAGCAGGCGCUCAAGGCGCGCGAGGCGGAGUUGCAGGCGCUGGACGGCCGCUACCAGAAGGCCAUGCAGGGCCUCCUGCGCCUAGACGAGGCCUGGAAGCUCAGCCGCGCGCAGACCAGCGCGGCGCAGGACGCGCAGCUCGAGGCGGAGCGGCAGGCGGAGGCCGCCGCCGGCAGGAGCAGCGAGCUGGAGCAGCAGCUGCAAGCCGCGGGCGCGCGCGAGUCGGCGCUGGCCGCGAGAGUGGACGCGCUUAUGCAGGAGAAGGAGCAGGUCCAGCAGCAGCGAGACGAGCACGCGCAGGAGGCCAAAGCCCGGGAGAUGCAGGCGCGUGAGCUGCGCGCGCAGCUGGAGACCACGAGGCAGCACUUCGAGACGCAGAUGAAGCAGCAGGAAGGAGCCACGCGCGAGGACGUGCGCGAGCUGCAGGAGCAGCUGCAGAGGGCGCAGGAGGAGGCCGCGGCGCUGCGAGGAGAGAUCCACGCGAGGCAGGAGGAGGCCGCCAAGGUGGAGGCCGAGCUGCGGGACACCAAGGAGGCCGAGGCGGCCACCAAGCAGAGGCUAGUGAAGCUCACGGAGGACCACGCUACGCUGCGCGUGCACUUGGAGUCGGCCAAGCUGGUGGCGGUGGAGAGCACUCAGAGAGCCAUCAAGGCGGAGACGGAGAACGAGGACAUGCGGAAGGAGCUGGAGGAGCGCGAAGAAGUGUUGAAGGAGAAGGAGCAGACGAUGCGCGCGUUGGAGGAGGAGCUGGUGCAGAAGCAAAAGGCGGUGGAGAAGGAGCUGCUCAGGAAGAAGCAGGCCGUGGAGGAGACAGAGCAGCGAUUGACGAAGGAGUCGCAGGAAGUGCUGCAGGUUCAGGAAGAGACGUGGAGCUGUCGCGAGAGGGCCCACCAGGAGGAGGUGAACAAGUUCAAACAGGAGAUCGAGUGCAUGAAGGCGUUCCACGUCGAGUUGGUCCGGUUGCUGCGGAUAAAGGAAGACGAGGACAUGAUCGAGGAGCCACUACAAAGCGUCGAGCCCGCGAUGCUCAAGGCGCUGGUGGUGCAGGAGAUCAACAAGCGUGACGUCCUCGCUGCAAUGCUGAAGCAGACGAAGGUGAAGCUUGCCACGACAAAGCGCCAGCUUGGCGCGCAGAAGCAGCUCGAAGCUGAAAACGCGAAAUUCCGCGCCGAGUACGAGAAGGCCAAGCUGGCCAUGGAGCGCAUGGCAACACGGAAAGGGAAGAGUCUCGGUGGCUCGGCUGCUUCCGUGCCAGUCAGACCAACAGGGCAUGAUAGCGGAACCAGCAGUGCAUCCGAUACGAGUAUGGGGAAAGAGGACAGAGGGGCCGUGGCGCUCAUCGUAAAGCGGAAGCUGGAGGUGGGCGAAGCAGACACAAGUGACGUCAGGACAACACCUCGGAAGGCUCAGCGCACCAAGCACGUGUAUGUAGCCUCGCGGUAUCUGAGCAGUGCGUCCAAACGCUGAUACUGCACACUAACGCGGGGGGGUAAAUUUUCCGUUGGUAUACUAGUUCUUCAUAGAAAACUCUUAAAAUUUAGACAAGUGGAAGUGCACUCUGUCCUCGUAAGUUCAUCCAUCACAAAGAAACUCGGGCUAACUACUGCCAAGACAAACGCCACUUGCGACGAUACUACAGCUCGUGCUUCUCCGUUGGAAAGGGCUCCUCCUCUUGCUGGUGUUGGUGCAGUGACCAGCCGGGCACGCUCUUCUGGUCCUUCACGCGCAGCCGGAUGCUCUCGAAGCACUGGAAGGCCUCCGACGGCUGGAUCUCGCCGUCGACGAUCACCGCGGAGGCAGUGUCCUUCGCGCUGAGGUAGCACGGCACGUACUCGUUCACCUGGCCGAACGUAACCAGCACGCCGCCGUUGCUGAGCUGCUGCGGGAACCGCUUGGGGCAGGACUGCGCGUGCUGCUGCUGCACGCCGCCCCAGUAGGGCGCCCAGGCGACGGACCCGCCCUCCUCCAGAUUCUGUCCGUCGAUGGCGAUCUGUUCCAACACCCACCACAUUAGUUAAAAACUCUCAACCAGACCCCAGUAGUAACCUCAUGGUACUCACAAAGAUGCUCUCGUUCACGAAGGCAAAGGUCGGGUCCAGCGAGAAGAUCUCGACGGCCGCGCGCUGCU